GCAGUACGCCCUCGAAACAUAGAGAGGCAAAAGCAUUGCUGUCUCGACUACAUGUAUUACCAUGAUGAUGCAGUGCGUGGUUGUGACCUUGGGACUAUCGAUGACUGGGAACUGGAAUGUGUCGUGUCAUCAGCAGAGUAACUGACAUUGCUUUACCGGGUUCUGCUUGCUCACUGCUCUAUCUCAGUGAUCAUCAUGCUUUCCCCAUCCUCGAGGUCCGCAAAGUGACUUCACCUUCAGUGCGGUACUUGCGGGCGCCCGAGUUGCUAAGUCGUCCAACUGUGUCCCCCUCGUUUCCAGUGCCCGGUUCGAGUCUAGUUGGCUACCUAGAAGGAGAUCAAGAUGUAAGCAAUUGUUCAUCAAUCUUACCCGGGUUCUCUCAUCACAUAAUACCUGGCGUCCCACCCUCCGUCAGUCGGGUCCAUCACUAUUGGUGUCCGCAGGAUCACGCCUCCGAAUAUGUCACACUUACUUCAUCGUACACAAGUCUUCCACCACUCGAUGCCGUAGGACAAUUUCCGGGGUACCCACAAGAAACCGGAGACGUUUCAACAUCUGGGGAUCUAGACUAUGACUUUGCUAGACCAAUGGGUCUUGGCUCCAUAGCCCCCUUUCACGAUCACACAGCGGGCGAGGUAAUCAACUCGAACGCACUGUGGUUGGGGCAUUCAAGCCCGCUGCUGCCCUUACUUCAGGAAUUGCGUCCUUCGAAUGACUUCACCAGCGAGAAUGUUCCGUCAACUCCAGAACAGAUCCGAACAGAGAUGCAAGACCCAGUUCGGUUUCUUUCCAGUUUUGCAGAGAAACCGAUAACACAAACACACCUCGCGAAACCCUUUCCUUAUGGAUACCCAACCCCAACCCAAUCUAACUCAACCUCUUACCCCACCGUCGACGAUUACAUCUCGUCCCAUCUUGACCCAAUCUCAUCCUUUCAGUCCCUGCAUGGGUACCUUGGAACCCCCCCUCCCCGAUUUCAUGGAUUCCGAGUUGGGACCAACAUGGAAUCGCGCACAACCAGCACCCUCGACGAUCACACUGCACGCAUGAUCUUUGAUGCGGUAGACGACUAUGGAAAGAUUGAUACAAGCAAGUACAGUUCUGAAAGUCUUUCAGGGCCAUUCCACGAUGCAGGUCGUUCUGCCACCUCUCAGUCUCGAACCCUGACGACACUACCAAAAACACGCUCUAUCUGCGAUCGCAAUGUAUGCAGUCCCUGUGGCUGGCGGAAUGACGAUGGCAAAGAAUGCGGUAUACCUAUUACGUACGGCGAUUGCAAAAACCAUCUUGCCGCCGUCCAUAAUAUCAAGAACAUAGCAUGGUAUGUUGAAAUCAUCUGUCGGUGGUGUUCUUCCAAGGCACAAAAGAAGGUGAAAAGGAAGAACAUGCUUAGGCACCUGAGAGAGGUACAUUUGUGUCACACGCGCCCAAAGAAAGAUCCACGCGCUUUACGCAAACACUAAUAACGGCUCUCCUCUGCGCUGAUGUAGGGUAUUGUUUCCUUGCCCUAACCAGGUGUACUUUUGUGACUGGUAACUUCAUGACCAACUGAUUUUGCCGGUUGGCAAGCCACCACGUAGCUUCCACUGCUCUCAUGUCUACUGUUUUCCUAUUUGUAUCACUCCCCCCUCUGCUCGUCGCUUGUCUUAAACUGAUGUCGUAUAGUGGCUGCUCAUGUACUUGUCUGUGUCUUAAUUCCCG